ACAGGCUUGCAUUGAACAGUUUCGCAUUAUAUGUACACAAUUAGAGUGCACAAAGAAUGGAAAGAAGUACAAAGAAGGAGAGGAGUUUACCAUCGGAAAUUUGCGAUAUAAAUGUCAAAAGUAUGGUGUUUACACUAUUGAAGGAUGCAUUUCGGAUCACAAGAAGAACUUAAAAAUUGGAGACGUGGUUGUCAUAAAUAAUAUCAAAUCACAGUGCUUAGCCGUGGGACCUUCAGUCUUCUACAGAGAAACAGUAUGCGGUAUUUUGGGUCAGCCUGAAUGUGACAAGAUAGGCCCUCCAAAGGGGUACGAAGAGGCUUGUAAAAAGGAGAAAGAAAAUCCACAAAAUGCUAAGGAGCUUCCAAUGGUUGGACUACCGCCAGGCUGGAAAGCCGUCGAUCUAACCACUCAGAAUAUUCCUGGCACAAAUAAACGCGUACUGUCUCAAACACUCAUGUUUAACCCCAUCGCCAAACCAAGGUAUACCCAUUUGUCAGCCAUUUAUGUAUUAAAAAUUGCGCAAAGCCUUCUUGAAUUGUAUUUAUGGACAUCGUUUGACAGGACACCCAUCGUUGUUCUCAAAUAA